AUGUUUUCUAGACUGUCAACAUCCUUGACCAGAAAUGUCGCACGUCGUGCCCCAACUUCUUUUGUAAGACCCUCUGCAGCAGCAGCAUUGAGAUUCUCAUCAACAAAAACAAUGACCGUCAGAGAGGCCCUGAAUACCGCUAUGGCGGAAGAAUUGGACCGUGAUGACGACGUUUUCCUUAUUGGUGAAGAAGUUGCGCAAUAUAAUGGUGCUUAUAAGGUGUCUAAGGGUUUAUUGGACAGAUUCGGUGAACGUCGUGUGGUCGACACACCUAUUACCGAAUAUGGGUUCACGGGUUUGGCCGUUGGUGCCGCUUUGAAGGGUUUGAAGCCAAUUGUAGAGUUCAUGUCGUUCAAUUUCUCUAUGCAAGCCAUUGACCACGUCGUCAACUCCGCUGCAAAGACUCACUACAUGUCUGGUGGUACUCAAAAAUGUCAAAUGGUCUUCAGAGGUCCUAAUGGUGCUGCCGUGGGUGUUGGUGCUCAACAUUCGCAGGACUUUUCUCCUUGGUACGGUUCUAUUCCAGGGUUGAAGGUCCUUGUUCCUUAUUCUGCAGAAGAUGCUAGAGGUUUGCUAAAGGCCGCCAUCAGAGAUCCAAACCCUGUUGUGUUUUUGGAAAACGAAUUGUUGUACGGUGAGUCUUUUGAAAUCUCAGAAGAAGCUUUAUCGCCUGAUUUCACCCUGCCAUACAAGGCUAAGAUCGAAAGAGAAGGUACCGAUAUUUCCAUCGUUACAUACACAAGAAACGUUCAGUUUUCUUUAGAAGCCGCUGAAAUCUUACAAAAGAAAUAUGGUGUCUCUGCGGAAGUUAUCAACUUGCGUUCCAUUAGACCUUUAGAUAUUGAAGCUAUUAUCAAAACUGUCAAGAAGACAAACCACUUGAUCACAGUUGAAUCAACUUUCCCAUCCUUUGGUGUUGGUGCUGAGAUCGUCGCCCAAGUCAUGGAGUCUGAAGCCUUUGACUACUUGGAUGCUCCAAUCCAAAGAGUUACGGGUGCAGAUGUCCCAACACCUUAUGCCAAGGAAUUAGAAGAUUUUGCUUUCCCAGAUACUCCAACCAUCGUCAAAGCAGUUAAAGAAGUCUUGUCAGUUGAGUAA